UGUUAUUAUUGUGCACCACAUACAGACUAAUAUGUGUGUGUUAUAGAGCAGCUGAAGUAUCAGGGUAAAGUUAUUAACAAAAAAAGUAUUGACUGAAUCAUAACUACAUGUUGCAGUGAUAUUUCAUACACUAUAGGACACGCCCAGAGAGUUUUUCCUUAUUAAUGGCCCUAACCAGCGCAUAUCAGGCUGUAUACUAGUAGAUAAUCACAUUUUCAUCAGGCUAAGCCCGCCCCUGGUAAAUGCAGGGGCGCUCCAUGUGACGCUGGGGCUGUUACAAAAAUCCAGUAUGGCGGAAUCUGUCAGGAGAUGAAUUUUCUCGUCUCCCCCCUUGCGCGGAGAAAAACCCCGGAGUGUAACAUGGGAGAGAAAUAAAAGCCGUGCGGGACACAUGUUGGGACGACUGGCUUCCUCCUGGCCCGUAUAGGUGAGCUGCUGGUUGGUACCGGUGCUACACAGCGAGUCGCCAAAUCAAAAGCCUCAUGGGGAUUGGCUGCCGUUGCUGGAAGUUUGCUUCCCGUUUCCAGCCUUGAAGGAUUCUUGACCGACCAAGUUUUGGAUCGGCCUGAGCUCACACACAUUCAAACACACUCCCUGGAUACUCCACAGUUUUGGCAGGAUAACAGCCUCCCAAACGCCAACCUGUAAAUCACAUUUGCACAAACACACAUCUGUUCUACGAUACACACACCAAGCCAGGCGCUCACCUGCCAUACAGAGUGGACACCCACCUGACCUACCUGUCAGCGAUGACAUCACACAGCCACCAAGAGGGGAUCCUGGGAAAGGAGCAGCCGCUGGAGGUUCUGAAGACAUCGGCGCUCAACCACAUCCCAACAGUGGACAUCAACUCGGCGCUGCCCCUGCGUCUCCCUCCAGCCGCCAUCCCCAUGGACCUGCGCGUGGACCAUCACCAGCAACAACAGCAGCAGCAGGUGUCCUCGCUCUCCCCGCCCGGUCAGCAGUCGUCCGGCCAGGCCGGCGGGGGCGUGGUGGGGGCGUCGGUGCGUGAGCAGCAGCUGCAGCAGGAGCUGCUGACCCUGAAGCAGAAGCAGCAGAUCCAGAGGCAGAUCCUCAUCGCCGAGUUCCAGCGGCAGCACGAGCAGCUGUCUCGCCAGCACGAGGCCCAGCUCCAGGAACACAUUAAGCAGCAGCAAGAGCUCCUGGCGUUGAAGCACCAACAGGAGCUGCUGGAGCAUCAGAGGAAGAUGGAGAACCACCGUUUGGAGCAGGAGCUGGAGAAACAGCAGAGGGAACAGAAACUGUUGCUGCUGAAGAACAAGGAGAGAGGACAAGAGAGUGCCGUUGCAAGUACAGAGGUGAAGAUGCGGCUUCAGGAGUUUGUCCUGAAUAAGAAGAAGGCGCUGGCCCAGCGGAGCCUCAACCAAGGAGGGCUCCACAAUGACGCCCCCUACUGGUACCGCAAAACCCAACACAGCUCUCUGGACCAGAGCUCACCCCCACAGACUGGUGUGUCCACCUACAACCACCCUGUGCUGGGUGUCUACAACCCCCGGGAUGACUUCCCACUGCGAAAGACCGCCUCCGAGCCCAACCUGAAGCUGCGCUCCAGGCUGAAGCAGAAGGUGAGCGAAAGGAGGAGCAGUCCGCUGCUGCGUCGUCGAGACAGCCCCAUCACCACCGCCAAAAAGCGCUCGCUCGACAUGGCAGACUCUGCGUGUAGCAGCGCCCCCGGCUCAGGCCCAAGCUCCCCGAAUAACAGCUCCAACAACAUCCCCAAUGAGAACGGCAUCACUGUGUCAGUCUCCAACAACACUGAGGCGUCUCUGGCCCAGAGGCUGUGCAGCGGUGCUGAGCGGGGCUCCGUUAACCAGCUGUCCCUCUACACUUCACCAUCCUUACCCAACAUCACCCUGGGGCUGCCCGCCACUGCCACCGCCACUGCUGCUUCCAAUGUGACAUCGGCCCAGCAGGAUGGAGGUCUGCAGCCGGCCCUCUCCCUCAGCCCACCCUUCCUUUCCGGCGGCCACUUGACCCCCUACCUGGCUGAGGCUGGAGCGGGAACAGGCGGGCACGGUGCUCACAGUCCACUGCUACAACACAUGGUGCUGAUGGAGCAGAGCCCGGCACAGAGCCCCCUGGUGACAGGUGUCAGCGGCCUGUCUAUGUCGCCAGCAGCGUCCAUGGCCAAGCUGCAGCGGCAGCACCGGCCCCUGGGGCGGACCCAGUCUGCCCCUCUGCCCCAAGGGAGUGCCGCACAGGCUCAUGCCCAGGCCCUGGCCCUGCAGCAGCUGGUGGUCCAGCAGCAGCACCAGCAGUUCCUGGAGAAGCACAAGCAGCAGUUCCAGCAGCAGCAGCUCCACAUCAACAAGAUGAUGACCAAGCCCAGCGAGUCGCCUGUGGGCCGCCAGCACCAGAGCCACCCGGAGGAGACGGAGGAGGAGCUGAGGGAGCACCAGGAUGGAGGAGCUCUGCCGCCGGGGGUCACCAUCAAGCAGGAGCCGCCUGACCCGCAGGAGCUUCAGGAGGAGGCGCUGCAGCAGCACAGGGAGCGGGAGAGGCAGGCGGAGCAGGAGCUGCUCUUCAGACAGCAGGCCCUGUUGUUGGAGCAGCAGCGGAUUCAUCAGCUCAGAAACUAUCAGGCCUCCAUGGAGGCUGCCGGCCUGUCAAUCUCCUUCCCAGGACACCGCCCCCUGUCUAGGGCACAGUCGUCUCCGGCCUCAGCUCCCUCCUUCCCAAUCAGCGUCCCAGCCCCUGAUCCUCCCGUUAAACCUCGCUUCACCACAGGCCUGGUGUAUGACUCUCUGAUGCAGAAGCAUCAGUGUAUGUGUGGAAACACCAACAGUCACCCCGAGCACGCCGGCCGCAUUCAGAGCAUCUGGUCUCGGCUGCAGGAGACCGGGCUCAGAGCGCAGUGUGAGUGUAUCCGUGGGAGGAAGGCCACUCUGGAAGAGCUGCAGACGGUUCACUCUGAAGCCCACGUCCUGCUGUACGGAACCAACCCUCUCCGACAGAAACUUGAUUGUUCAGUCACUCCCAUGUUUGUACGGCUACCGUGUGGAGGAGUGGGGGUGGACAGCGACACCAUUUGGAACGAGGUCCACUCCUCCAGCGCGGCUCGACUCGCUGUCGGCUCCGUCGUGGAGCUCGUUUUCAAAGUGGCGACAGGAGAGCUGAAGAAUGGUUUCGCUGUGGUCCGCCCUCCUGGACACCACGCGGAGGAAAGCACUCCCAUGGGUUUCUGCUACUUCAACUCGGUGGCCAUCGCGGCCAAACUGCUGCAGCAGAGACUCAAUGUCAACAAGAUCCUCAUCGUUGACUGGGAUGUUCACCAUGGCAACGGCACCCAGCAAGCUUUCUACGAUGACCCCAAUGUCCUUUACCUGUCUAUUCAUCGCUAUGAUGACGGCAACUUCUUCCCUGGAAGUGGAGCACCUGAUGAGGUGGGCAGCGGGCCCGGAGUCGGUUUCAAUGUCAAUGUUGCUUUCACUGGAGGCCUCGAUCCACCCAUGGGAGAUGCAGAGUAUUUGGCUGCCUUCAGGUCAGUGGUGAUGCCCAUAGCCAAUGAGUUCGCCCCGGACAUGGUGCUAGUCUCCUCUGGCUUCGACGCUGUGGAGGGACACCCUCCACCACUGGGCGGCUACACUUUGACGUCCAAAUGUUUCGGCUAUCUGACCAGGCAGCUGAUGACCCUCGCCGGAGGUCGGGUGGUCCUGGCUCUGGAGGGGGGUCACGACCUCACUGCCAUCUGCGACGCCUCUGAGGCCUGCGUGGCCGCCCUGCUAGGCCAGGAGCUGGACCCGCUGCCGAAGGCUGUCCUGGAGCAGAGGCCCAACCCCAACGCUGUUCGCUCUCUGGAGAAAGUCUUAGAGACUCACAGUAAGUACUGGCGCUCGGUGCAUCGCUACUCCCCGCGGCUGGGACUCUCCCUGCUGGAGGCCAAACGAGGAGACUCAGAGGAGGCUGAGGCCGUCAGUGCCAUGGCCUCUCUGUCCGUGGCCAACACCAAUGCCAUGGAUCAAAGGCCGGAGGAGGAACCCAUGGAAGAGGAGGAACCACUGUAACGGAGGGAAACAUGAGGGUGUUACCAUUGACCUCUCCGGAGAAGAGUCUCGACUGAUCCCUUCAUUUAGUCCCCCUAACCCCACUCACCACGUCAGUCACCUUGAUUGGCGGCCCCUCGGCCGAAACGAGGGAGAGGGGGUGGGCUCAGCCUCAGAGUAGGGAGCCAAUCAGGAGACAGAGGACUGAAUUGGAAAAAAAAUUAAACAUAACAGCGCUGCUUGGUGGCACUCGCGCAGAGACACUCAUUUUUUUCUGUCAGUCUUCGCACCCCCACGUUAGCCCAUGGCGGCUAACCAAGUGACCACUGCAGCGGGGAGUGGGUGAGUGUAUUUGGAGUUGGGGCGAGAUCAGGUCUCGCCACAGGAAAGUGUGAUGAACUGCGGAAAACAUACGGUGCUUUACACAGCUGCCCUCUGACCACAAGGACACCAGGGACAGCAGACGUCCCCAGCUGUCAAACACAGCUCGGGACUUUCUUUUCUCUUUUCUCAACUAUUUUUCCCGACGAAACAAAAAGGGCAUCGCGGCAACUGAGAUAAUUAUUUUACAAGUUCACUGUGGACUUUGGUCGGCCGAAGUUUGAGUAGGCUUUUACAAAGAUUUGAUGACGAGACUGUCGCCUCGCUGGACCAGCCUGUCGUUGAAGGUUGACGAGUGAGAGGAGUGCCUUGGUGAGGGUCCGCUGGAUUUCAGGAUUGUUCAGGAAAAGAUUGCCUUAAGUUAAAAAAGAUUUUUCUCGCCGAGGAGUCGGUGCGAGGGAGGGAGAUGGAGCGUUUCCGGUCCUUUCGGGGGCGAGAAUGACAAAGCAAACAAUCUUUCAGCAUGUUUACUUGGAACGUGACGAAGACAACAUUUAUGUCUCUCACAGCCUCUCUUGAAGACUUUACUUUUGGAUGGAUCUAUUUUUCUGUAAAAAAGGAGAAAUGCUUUGUAAAGGUAGUUGCCAGCUUAGGUCGAGAAUGGUGCAAACAUGGAGACCUUCAAACAAGGAAAUUAGAUUGAAAACGGUCAAAAAAAGGUUCAGCCUUUGAUGUAGCUUCCCUUUAACUGAAGUCAUUGCUUUGUAAACACAUGAAGCAUGCAUUGAGCAGAGAGACCAGACAUUUUCGCAAGAUUUCUGAAUGUUAUCCAAAAAGAGAAAGCCAAGCAAGAAAAGCCAAAGCAUGAGUUUGCAUAUACAGUAGUACUUUCACUCCAUGUUAGCUGGCAAACAUUUCUCGUAUUGGCCCUUUCAGAUAAGGCUCCCAGUACACAGUUCAAUGUUUACUAAUUUAAUCUCCACACAUCCAGUGAGCAUUUCUUUACCCGUGCCGAUCGGCCUCCCAUGCUUUGCCGGUUGGCAACUACCUUGGUUGCUAGUGUGAGCUCAACAUUAGUCAUGUAUAUUGAAUUGAAUAUAUUUUGAGAGGCAGUAAUCGAGUAUUGCCUGUUUGUAUCUACAUGUAUGAUUUCAACAUCAAGUUGUCAAUUUACAAUAUCAAAAAAGAAACGUGUUUGGUAAGCGUGUCCACUUUUUAUUUUUUAUCGUACAAGAUUAUUUUUCUAACUUUUUUCAUCCAUAGAUUUUGUUCUGUGUUUUUAUCCGUUUUCUGGAUAGUUAUAGGGCUGCCAUUCACACACUUAGUACUAUCGUCUUCAGAACUUUCUUUCUUUCUUGUAUUUAUCAGAAAUAAGGAGCAACACUUACUUUCUUUCUUUCUUUCUACGGCUCUCUCGGCCUUCCUGCAUUUUCAUCAAUUGUGUAUUUAUAACAUGUACUGUUUAUAGGAGAUUUGUAUAUGGAAAAUUUAUAAAUGUACUCUAACUAAUGACAGCUAUGAUAUUGUGAGCGAAAAACAGUAUGGUGUAUGAUAUUACUCCAUGGACUUUUAAAAAAAGCAGCAUAUUUAACUCGUCAUCGACUGCACUGUUUUCAAGCUGCCCACAAGUGAGAUGUGGUCAUUACGCAGCACUGCAAUUGACUUUUGAACACCUUCAGAGAAAAGCAUUUGAUCACUUUGUUGCCUAACUGAUACAUUUUCCUCUUGUGCAUGGGUGAUAAUGCACUUAUGUACGGAAGUAAAUAAGAGACAAAAGCAUUUUGAUUUUAACAACCGCUGGAUACUGAUUAUUAAAAUUUAAAAACAGCUGAAUUCAUAGCAUUGAAAUAUUUUACUUUUAAAAAAUAUGAAAAUAACAUAUGAAUUUUCUUCUUUAUAAAUUUGAUUUUUUUUCUCUUAUGUUUACAAACUCAGAUCCAGAAAAUUCAAAUUCACAUGUAUAAAAUUAGUUUUAAUUGAUGCUCAUUUUGAUUUGAUUUUAAUGAUUUUUCAACAGCUGAAGUUCAGAUGCAAAAAGAUUAUUCGACAGUUGUCGAACAGUUGUAUUUGGCUGAUGUUAAUUUUUUUUUUUAUUAUUAUUAUUAUUAUUAUUAUUAUUAACUUUUUUUUCUUUUUUCUUUUGUUUUUCAUCUGAAUUUGACCAAUCAAAUUUGAGCAACCUGAAUCUAUUUUUUUUCUAAAUUCUGAAACCUAAAGUUUUUGGGAUCUGAAUUUGUGAACAUUGACAAAAACUUUUAAUUUCAAAGUGCUGAAUUCAUAACAAAUAAAUUCAAAUACAUGGUUUUUAAAAGUAAAAUAUUUCAAUGCUAUAAAUUCAGUGGUGUUUGAAUUUCAAUAUCAAGUAUUUAGUGGUUGUUGAAAUUAAAAUACUUACGUCUUGUAAUUGCGUCUGUCCUUACCUUUCGACUGUGACACCAUCACACAUCUAAAAUGAGGUUUAGAGGCCGUUUUAUGUAGCUAGCUGAAUUUUCCUUGGCGGGAAAAGAAAAGAAGGGGACACAGAUGUCCAAUAAAGUGGAAUUUUAACUAGUUUUGGAUGGAAAACAUCGGCCAAUAAUUUAAAAAUCUCUCUUGAGCAUGUGUUGCACUACCAUGUUUGACUGUCCGUAACAUCCAUGUCUCCUUCUUCCCUUUUCCUGCGUUGAUUGAAUUAAUCUGACACCAGUCGUAGAUCAAACUACGUUCAAAUUAUCCCCCAUCCGUCAGAUGCUUUGUCAAACACCGGAUUAAAGACGACUAUCAUGUUUAUUUUAUAUCAUUUUAUAAACUUGUAAAAUUUGAGAUUAAUUUGAUAUUUUUUCAUGUCUAACAAAACAUUCCACUUGUUACUCGUUUAAUUUGGCUUAACUUUUUUAUUUGAAUGAUUUUUUUUUUUUUUGUAGAAACUUUAAUACUAUGUUUUUUUU